AUGGAUUGGCAACCCCAAGAUGAGCCAUUGAGGCAGCUAGCCUGCUGCCUCAGGGACUCGCUGAACAGUGGUGAUUCGCAGUUGCGGAAGCAGGCCGAAAACGUACUGAACCCCCUCCAAUUGAAUUCCCCUGGUGAAGUCGCUCUUCGCCGGUUUACUGUUCUGCGCCCCGCGACGUCGAUGACUACCAGACCCAUGACCUUGAUGACGAUGACUUUGAAGAAUAUGCUCGCCCAAGCGACUUCUUCGCCUGAUUAUGUCAAUUACAUCACGUAUCUGUUCUCCACGCCCGAGGUUCCUCCAGCAGUGGCCGCGGCCGGUGUUGACCCUACCACCUAUGGAGUUGUGCGAUUCGCUGCCACUAUGAACAUGAAAACCAAACUCGCGGUGGCCUAUAAGACGAUUCCUACCCAGAGUCUUACCUACAUCCGAUCCGCCGCCUUGGUCACUCUUCGUGACAAUGAUCGCCAGGUGCAACGGGGUGUCGGCAGUAUCAUCACGGAGUUGGUGCAAAAAGGCGGAUUACUUGCCUGGCCAGAAGCUUUGCAGGAGCUGUUGGCCCUUGUCGGUAACGAUGCGGGCGACGUGACCGUCGCAACCCAGGAGGCUGCGAUGGCGGCCCUGUUCAAAGUCUGCGAAGACAACCGUAAGAUUCUCGACCGCGAUUACUCUGGCCAACGUCCGCUCGACAUCAUCAUCCCCAAGUUGCUUGAAUUCACCGCACGCGACAGCCCUCGCAUUCGAUCACUCGCCCUGAACAGCAUACACGUCUUCCUGCCUCAUCAGCCGCCUGCCUUGCUUGCCUCUUUGGACGUUUUCCUGUCGCAACUUUUCAGCCUUUCCGGCGAUCAAGAUACGGAGGUGCGCAAGAUGGUCUGCCAAUCGUUCUCGCAAUUGGUUGAGUUUGCACCCGAAAAGCUUGUCCCGCAUUUGGAAGGUCUGGUCAGCUACAUUCUCAUGCAGCAGCAGAAUCAGGAGGAUCCGGAACUUGCGCUCGAUGCUGCCGAGUUCUGGAUUGUCGCCGGUGAACAACAGAGCCUUCGUCAACCCCUGGCUCCGUACAUGCACAAGGUCAUUCCAGUGCUCCUUCAAAGCAUGGUGUAUGAAGAGGAUGAUGUCAUCCGUCUGAUGCGUGAUGAAGACGAUGCUGAUCAAGAAGACCGUGCCGAGGAUCUCAAGCCACAGUUCGCCAAGUCAAAGGGCGCUCGUUUGGACACCUCCAAGGCCGGGGAGCAGGGUGCCAAUGGACAACAGCAGCAACAAGCCGAGGAAGAUGAUGAUGAAUUGAGUGAGGGUGAGAUUGAGGAUUCUGAGUUUGGCGACGACCCCGAAGGUGACUGGACCUUGCGCAAGUGCUCAGCUGCAGCUCUUGACAUCUUUUCGAACGUAUAUCACGACCAAAUCUUUACCAUCAUCCUGCCAUAUCUGAAGGACACUCUCCGACACGAGGAAUGGCCCAACCGAGAGGCGGCUGUUCUCACCCUGGGUGCCGUUGCGGACGGCUGUAUGGACGCCGUGACUCCUCAUCUUCCCGAGCUGGUCCCCUACCUGAUCUCUCUGCUCAAUGAUGCCCAACCUGUUGUGCGACAAAUUACAUGUUGGUGCCUGGGUCGCUACUCAGAAUGGGCCUCACACCUGCAAGACCCGGCGCAGAAGCAGCAAUACUUUGAGCCCAUGAUGGAAGGCAUCUUGACCCGGAUGCUUGAUAACAACAAAAAGGUGCAAGAAGCCGCUGCCUCAGCCUUUGCUAGCCUAGAGGAGAAGUCGGACGAUAACCUGGUUCCCUAUUGCGAGCCUAUUCUUCGGCAAUUUGUUCAGUGCUUUGCCAAGUAUAAGGACCGCAACAUGUUCAUUCUUUACGAUUGUAUCCAGACCUUGGCUGAAUGCGUUAUGACGGAAAUGGCGAAACCCCAUCUCAUUGACAUCUUGAUGCCCGCGAUGAUCCAGCGAUACAAUCAUGUCACUGAUCAGUCACAGGAGCUGUUCCCGCUGCUAGAGUGUCUUGGGUAUAUCGCAGCCGCUUACGGUGAUGCGUUUGCACCCUUCGCCCCCCACCUUUUCCAACGAUGCAUCAAGAUCAUUUACCAAAAUCUCGAGGAAUUUGUUGCCUCGCAAAAUAACCAGGGUAUCGAUGAGCCUGAUAAGGAUUUCCUCGUCACAAGUCUUGAUCUGCUGAGUGCGAUCAUCCAAGCAAUUGAUCCUCAGAAGAGCGGCGAGCUUGUUUUAAACUCGCAGCCUUCCUUCUUUGACCUGCUCGUCUUCUGCAUGCAAGAUCCCAACUACGAAGUGCGCCAGUCCACUUAUGCUCUGCUUGGCGACUGCGCCAUUAGCAUCUUCCCCCACUUGGAGCCUUUCAUCCCCACGAUCAUGCCAGUUCUCAUCAAGCAGCUUGAUAUCGACCAGAUGCGGGACGAUGACCGAACAACAGGCUUCAGCGUCUUGAACAAUGCCUGCUGGUCUUGCGGUGAGAUUGCGGUCAACGAGAAGGCUGCUCUUGCUCCGUAUGCGAACAAGCUGUAUCACGGAUUCUUGACCAUCAUGACCAAUGAAGAGAUCAGUGACGGGGUCAACGAGAAUGCUGCCAUGGCUUUGGGUCGCCUGGGUUUCUGCUGUUCCGACUCUCUUGCACCGCAGCUUCACGAGUUUGCCGGUCCGUUCUUAAAGUCCAUGAGCAAGAUCGAUUUCACGCGAGAGAAGGCCUCUGCUUUCCUUGGCUUCAAUAACAUGGUCAUGAAGAACCCACAAGCCAUGGAGGCCUGCCUGGGAGACUACUUCCAGGCGAUUGCGUCAUUCCCAUCCAAGUCACUUUCACAAGAAGAGUACAAGGACAUCCAAAGUUCUUUCCAGCAGGUUCGUGCCACCCUCUUCUUGAGUUCACGGAGAGGCCGUUUGAGUCAAGGGUUCGUUCAAUAUCUAACAAGUCCGCCGUUCUAG